AUGUCCCUGCCUCAGCAGGCGAGGCGGCGUGGGCACUGGGUCGUCCCACUCAGGGAACCAGGUCUCAAGAGGCCUCGGGACUCGUGCCUCCAGGCAGUGGGGGCAGUGACAAGACUAGAGGAGAACUGCUGCUUCUCAGACCCUCACAGAGACUGCUUCACAGACCCUCACAGAGACCGCUUCACAGACCCUCACAGAGACUGCUUCACAGACCCUCACAGAGACCGCUUCACAGACCCUCACAGAGACUGCUUCACAGCCCCUCACAGAGACUGCUUCACAGACCCUCACAGAGACCGCUUCACAGACCCUCACAGAGACUGCUUCACAGACCCUCACAGAGACUGCUUCACAGACCCUCACAGAGACUGCUUCACGGCCCCUCACAGAGACUGCUUCACAGACCCUCACAGAGACUGCUUCACAGACCCUCACAGAGACUGCUUCACAGACCCUCACAGAGACCGCUUCACAGCCUGGAGGGAAAGGAGGAAUUGGGCUGGGAGGCACCAGAAAGUGACGUUCAGGGGCUGGAGGACAGAGGCAGUAGUGCGUUCUAAAGGGACGGAGAAUGAACCUGCACAGGCUGUGGUAGGGGCUGGAGGACAGAGGCAGUGUGUGCGUUCUAAAGGGACGGAGAAUGAACCUGCACAGGCUGUGGUAGGUGACGUUCAGGGGCUGGAGGACAGAGGCAGUAGUGCGUUUGUUUUCGUUCUAAAGGGACGGAGAAUGAACCUGCACAGGCUGUGGCAGGUGACGUUCAGGGGCUGGAGGACAGAGGCAGUAGUGCGUUCUAAAGGGACGGAGAAUGAACCUGCACAGGCUGUGGUGACGUUCAGGGGCUGGAGGACAGAGGCAGUAGUGCGUUCUAAAGGGACGGAGAAUGAACCUGCACAGGCUGUGGUGACGUUCAAAGGAGACGGAGGGACGGAGAAUGAACCUGCACAGGCUGUGGUAGGUGACGUUCAGGGGCUGGAGGACAGAGGCAGUAGUGCGUUCUAA